GUUUCUGGUUCGUUUUUGUCUAUGCUAAAAACAUUUGGCUUUAGCGCUGAUAGAGAACAAGCAAUUUACAUGGAAAAUUGUUAUUCUCGUAAUUGUGCUCGAAAAGCUGUGCCACCAGUACACACCAUCGAUUUGAAAUGGGAAUCUAAUGAAUUAGACAUUUCAGCAGCAAAAGAUAUAUUUGUUUUCACUGGAAAGAAUGAUCAAGGAUCUGCGCGCGUUUUGCUUCUC